AUGUCCCCCGGCUGCAACGGCGAUGGAGCAAAGUUCGCGUACUGGUUCCGGGCGUCGUGUUCGCGAACGUCGGACCCACUCAGUUCUUUUGCCGAGCCGGAGUAUGCUGGCUCUGUGCGAAUUCGCGACCAUCACCGGCACCUGCACGAGAUGGUGCUCGCCGGAUACCCUGCCGCUGGACGUGGAGCCGAUGGGUCAAGAUCGUUGGCCCGGCAUGCGAAGUUCCCAGCGCCGACCUGUGACCGAACAGCGGUCGCUGCGGGCAUCGAGGGCGUGGAGUUGACCCACUCCGGCGCCCCGUACGCAUGGAAAUAUGCACGCGGCGGGCGUCUCGAAGCGACCAGCGCUCUCGCAGUUGUGCGCGAUCGGCUGCAUCGACGCAGUCGGAAGGUGGCGGCAGCCGGUGACGCCUUCAAUGACGUUGCCAUGCUGACCUGGGCGGGAACGGAGCGUCUGGCGCCGGCCAACGCGAGAACCGAGGGUCAUCGAGCUCGCCGACCGAAUUCUGCCCACGAACAGACGAGGACGGCGUGGCGAGCUAUCUCGAAGAAUUGGUUGCGGGCGCUAGUUCAGCUGCUGACGGCCUUGGGUCCAGUGCCGAUACCGACUCCGCAGUCCGUCAUGAAUUCGGAGAAGACGCGGUCGAAGCGAUCCGGG